GGAGACUGAGUGGAGCCGGGUGACAGGAUGUUGGUGCUGGUAUUAGGAGACCAGCACCUCCCGCAUCAGUACAAUAGCUUGCCGACUAAAUUCAAGGAGCUUCUGGAGCCAGGAAAGAUUCAGCACAUUCUCUGCACUGGAAACCUUUGCACCAAAGAGAGUUAUGACUAUCUCAAGACCCUGGCUGGUGAUGUUCAUAUAGUGAGAGGAGACUUUGAUGAGAAUCAUUAUUCUGUGAUUUGUGUUGAUGGAUAUCCAAGCUUCUACAGUGAUCACUUAUAUGUAUCAGCUAAUUGGAGAUGAUGUGAAAGUAGAAUGAAUCAAAUACAAAAAAAUCUUAAAGCCAGGCCUGUCUUGAUGAUUUUGUUUGUUCUUCAUUCCC